AUGACCAAUCAGCAUUGGGGAUAUCUAAUAAUUGAAAACGGCCAAAGAAUCAUGCUCGAGGAGGACAGCUUCAAGUUUGGAAGGUUUCACAUCACCAAUUCAGACAAGAGUCUAGUCACCGUCAGCAAGCAGCACUUCGAGGUCUCGAGAAGACCAGGAGAUGAUGGAAAUCAAGCAUACUUCAUCAGAGACAUCUCACGCAACGGAACGCAGCUCAAGGUCGGAGAAAACCUUGAAAGGCUCGAAAGAGAUCGUUGGCAUGACUUGCACAGUGGGCAGGUGAUCGUGAUAGGAAAUUCCUCGCAGGCAGGCCCACAGCAAGGAAGCUUUUUUGAGAUAGUGUUCGAGGAGACUGCCGCUGAGAGUAUGCGAGGUUCCUUGUCAAGAAACCCUUCGUCUCUAGAACCAGCCGCUGGCUCUCGGGUCCUGAACAACCCAAGUCACUCUCACGGAGAUCGGGCAGGGCAGGGCCGGGUGAAACCUCAAGGGCAGGGGGAGGUGUCCUGCUCCGUUGCCGAUUCCGCCAAGAAACGAACUCUGGAAAAUGACGAGAAUAUGCAAGCACAGAAGCAGAGGAGAAGUGAAGCAAGUGAAGGGGCAGGAGAAGGCCUUUCCUGUUCACUUGAAGUUGGCGUCGUUCGGGUCGAUUUGACCAGUGCGAAUGAUGUCACUGUUGAGCUGGAGCCAGUCGCCGGAGCGAAAAGUCCUGUUAGAGAAAGCUCCUCCCAAUGGAACUCAGCAAGUCCUGUUAGAGAAAGCUCCUCCAAAUGGAACUCAGCAAGUCCUGUUAGAGAAAGCUCCUCCAAAUGGAACUCAGCAAUACUGGCAGGACCCGAGGCAAUACAACCCGUGGUGACGACUGAGAGUGAGAGACCUGGAGCGAUGAAUGAGCUAGAGAAGUUACAGAAGACGUUGCGAGAGAAAGACUUGAUCAUCGAGGGAUAUGAGAAGAGAAUCGCAGAGUUGGAGGAGACCAUUUCAAGGAACAACAAGGAAAAUCACAAGAAAAUCGCAAUGGCACAGAUCACUGAGUUAGAGAAUGAGAACCAGAAGUUGAAAGCAGAGUUUACCUCGCUCAGCCUCAAAUUCGAGUCAAGAGCUGAGAAGAUAGACUUGCAAGCAAAGGAGCUGGUUGAAGCUGGCAAGAAGUGCUCUAACCUAGAGGAAACGUUGAGAAGAUUCCAAGAUGGGACCCAAAUCCAGGCUCGGACUGUGAUGAAGGAAUGCGACUAUGCAUACAGUGCUGCGAUGUCCCUGCAGAAAGAGAUCGAACAAGCGGGGAAAGAAGCCUCCAAGUUGAUCCAUGAGUUGCGGCAAGAUGUUAAUAGGCAGAAGGGAGCGUUUGCAGAGAAGGAGAAAGCGGACCAAGAAAAACAAAGGAUGAUGGCGCUUGUUCAAGGCGACGUCCGUUCGCUCUGCUCGAUGACUUCGCAACUGGUCAACGACUGUGUCAAUGAGAUUCAAAACGCGGAGCGAGAAGUGAGGAAGACUGAAAGAAAGCUUUUGAGGGCUCGACGAUGGCAGGCGGCCUUUCGAACGAAGCAAGAGGAAUGCUUCGACGAGUUCCUCUCUCUUCACCGCAACGCUGUCGAAUUUGACUUUAACGAAAGCUGCGAGAGCGAAAGCGACGAACUGACUGACAGUCACCCUCAGUCUCAGUCGCAGCCAUAA